UAACUGGCAGGAGACCAAAGCGCAGUUAGCAAUGACGUGUCGUGGAGAGCUGCACGGAGACAGACUCGUAAAGUAUAUGCUAGAAAAAUCCUUUCAGUUUCAAACCAUAAGAGAAAACUGGGAUUGCUCGGCUGUAGAAAUCACUGUUGCGUGUACUGGAAGGGCAGACUUCUCUCUCUCUCUUCUUCUCGUCCAGAAAGUCAACUCACCGAACAUGCAUCAACAUUUAACAAUCCUAAAAGAAAACAAAAGGCUGUAGAGAAAACAGCCCUAACAAGUGCCCGGCAGCCCAUUUAGGGGCAGCGAGUGAGUGACUAGAUAUCUAGAGUGAUCUCGACCGCCAACCAAGACACAUCUCACCUUCAUCGCUCUACUUCAUUACAAAACUGAUUUAUUUUACGCUCCAUGGAUGCAGGGAGGACCUUGGAUUGUCAUCCUUCAACAGACUUGAACUAAUUUUCUACAAAUCUUCAUCGAACAUUUUCUCCGGACUUUGUAAUCGUUUAUUGCAUUAGAAAUCAGGAUGGCAUCACUGAGCGCCUUUUAUUCGAGCUACGCGGCCGCCGCCCACCCCGGACAGUACCUUUUCGCCGCCUCGCCCGCAGCUCCGUACUUCUACAGCUUCAGGGAAGGGGCGUUCUCUAGCCCCCUCCCAAUGAGUGCAGUGCCCCCGCUCCAGCGCCGAGAGGCUCCCCAGAAGCCCCCAUACUCCUACAUCGCCCUCAUCGCUAUGGCCAUUCGAAACUCAUCCGACAAGAAAGUCACUCUGAACGGCAUCUAUCAGUUUAUCAUGGAUCGAUUCCCUUAUUACCAUGACAACAAGCAAGGCUGGCAGAAUUCCAUCCGCCAUAAUCUCAGUCUCAACGAUUGUUUCGUUAAAGUUGCACGAGAGAAAGGAAAGCCGGGAAAGGGCAACUAUUGGACGCUCGCGGCCGACUGCGAGGAUAUGUUCGAGAACGGAAACUUUCGACGUCGAAAGCGACGCCCUAAAGCCCCCAAUAAUCAGAUUAACAGUUCAAAUGACGUAACCAAGCAGAACGACAAGGAUAACGAGGAGGAGAAUGAACCCAGUAAAGACUCUUCGGAUACAAUUAAUCGAAACAUCGAUGUCGUUAGUGAUGGUGACGACAAAUAUAUCGAAUCUGAUAGCGAUUCGGCUGACGAAAGUGCCUCGAGAGCAAAAGAGAGCGACAACGAAAAGAACUUUGAUGACGAGGAGUAUGAUAACAAUGCUAAUAUCAUAAAGAAAGAACAAGUAAACAUAGAUCGAAACCUAGUGAAUUACGAGGACAAGGAUUCUCAAAUGAUCUCCAUGAAGAACUCAGUAGAAGCCAACAGCGGUCAUCUUCCAAACUUCUCUCCGAAACUCGACCAUGAUCUCGAAAAAUACUCAAGGCCCGAGGUGAGAAAACCAGUGUUUUCAAUUGACAAUAUUCUUGCAUCCCGCAUGACAUCGAACGUCGACUCCAAAGUGAAACCUGUGAACGGUAUCAAGCGAAGUCGAGAAGAUAUGCUUGAUUCGCACCCAUCUCGUAAUCAUAUGGACAAUGAACUCCUGAUCGCGAAAACUCGCCGAUUGUGUUCCCCGUCACUCGCGAAAGUUCAAGCUGCCCAAUACUACGAGAGGGAGAAAAUUGGAUCGAGAAAUCUAUCGUACGGGAUGGUAGAUGACUAUUGUCGGAAAGUCGAAUCGCCCCCAUCGCCCUCCUCUCCGCCCUCGUCGAGCGCUCUCUGGCAAUCGACCAUGCUGCAGAAGCUUGCUUCUCAGGCGACAUCGCACUGCUACACAUGUGCGGCAUCGACCGGUGUCUCAACAGCCGUACCCGUCAACAACCAACAUCAACACCACCAUCCUGGUUAUCAUCCACGAGAUCGUGUAGCGUCGUCGGACGAUGUCGCAGCGUCUCACCCGUCUACCCAUCUCUUCUUCAAUCUCACUUCCCCUGGGCAUUGAACUCGGGUGCGCUGUGUGGGUCUUCUCAACUGUCGACGUCAUCGGCCUUGCCGCUGAUGACGAUACCGUAUGCAAUCAAACCAUGGCCGAUCGAGAACUCCCGAUCCGCUAGGGAUAGGGCAUAUCGUCUUUGAUAACAGUGUAACUGGACUCAUUUGAAAUUAUAAUACUUUUGAGAAGAUCAAAAUAAAUAAAAUACGGACCUUGGACCAAAUAAUUUUCAUUGCAUGAAAAUAAUAAAUCUAUAUUCGCUAUUUCAUUUGAAUUUUGGAAUUGUCUGUAUUUAAUUGUUUGUAAAACGUUUCAGUUAAAAUGAGUUUUAGAUUGUAUAUGUUCUAUUAUAUUGUUAUGUUACUUUUGAAAUGGGAAGAAAGCAGCAAGGAGGGUGGUGAAAAGAAAUGUUUAAAAAGUAAUAUCAUCCCAAGUUCUUAUUCUUAACAAUUUGAAUGUGGCUAACUUUGAUUGCUUUGUAAUAUAAGAGAACAGUUAGCAUGAACGAUUUGCUCCUGUUAAUAUGAUAAAGAUAAACGUGGAAACAAAAUUUGUUUUAUAGUUGACUAAAUACUUUGCAAUAUUUAUUUGUUUAUUUGAUGUGAAUAUUUAAUGUACAAUAUAUCGUGUAAAUAUUGUGUAAAAACGAAAUGUGUAAUUAUGAAAGUUAGAUUCAACAAAUACCAAAGCCUUACUAGUUUUAAAAAUCGUUAUAGUUGAUGUGUGUAGAUGUCGGAUGUUUAUGUGUUAAAUAAUUUCUUUUCUGAAUCACAAGCGUGCCUAAACAAAAUCCUUUCGUUCUUAUCUUAUUCAUGUACAUGUAUGUGAUAAUGAUGUUCAUUAUCUUCAUGGGUAGUGGGUACCCUCAUCACUGUUUCAUUAGUUGAUAAACUUUCAUUGAAUAUUUGUUUUCCUUUCUUAUACUGCACUCGGUUAACUUUUUGUUUCACCGUGGUCAUGAUUUUCUAACAAUCAAAUUGUACAUCUGAUAAUGCAAAUUUAGAUACAUGUACAUGAAUAAGAAAGACUUUCUAGAAAUGCUGCAUAACUUUGCGUGAUCAUAAGGAUUAUAUUUCGUUUGAGAACACAUACGAGAUCUGUUAAAAAUAUAUUAAACUAAACCAGAUAAUCAGCUGAAAUAUUGUUUAUGAUAUUGAAAGUGAAUUUUAUAAGUGAAUCUCUUACUUUCAAAACAUGUCAGUUCAUCAAUAUCAUUUUGAAACAAUUAGUUCUAGACAUUGUUGGUUGUUGAAAUUAUUUUUCUCGUUUGUAGUCUGUCGAUUCAACAAACUGAAAUCCAAUCAAUUGUCUCAACACCCUUUUGAGAAUAAAUACAGAAUUGUUUUGAACCAUAACUAAAAACAACAAAAAGGAACUUUCUGAAUUUGCCCGUAAAUGUAGAAUGACCAGGAGAUUUUUCAUCGUGAUAUGAACCAAUUAUGUACUUCUAUCUUUGUUGCAAUCCUUAUAUUCCACUUCGUCGAUAUUGUUUGCAAUGAUUUAAGAGAUGAAAUGGUCUCUGAGAUGCGAUGUACGAUUCUACCUCUCAUUUAGCGGGACAAAAAUAAAGAAUGUAUUUUAUUUUUGGUUUCUUGGAGACAUUAAUCAUCUUGUUUCCAAGAGCAAUUAAUGCUACAUAGACGA